AUGGAUAUCCAAGAUCGCACUUACACAAAUAUAACCAAGCAAGAUGUAUUGCUUGUGCUCGUGGAAUUUAACAAGGCCCAAGAUGCAUCCAGCGCCGAGGACAUUCUUUUUAUUCCUCGACUGUACGGCGUCGUGCACCCCGCCGAAUUUCGCAAGGUAAAAAUGACGUUUUGGCGACUCACCGGCACGGGGAUCUCGUCCCGGUUGGCCGAGUUCUGCCUCAGGAAAGACUUCACAAUCACGAGAGUCUCAGAACCACCCUUAAAACAGCCCCCUCCCGCUGAAUUGCCAGUCUAUGACACAAUCCGGAAGAGAGUGGCCGAGUUUCUAAACCGUGCUCCCACUAAUCCUGGACGAGCACAGCGCGCAAAAAGCGACGAUGUGUAUCUUUACCCGUCGGGAAUAGCGGCUAUUUACCACGUUCAUCAUGCACUACCGAAAUGGCGGGAUUCUGAUAUUAUGAUGCUGGGCUUUCCUUACGAGCUUACCAUCAAGAUGAUUGAGGCCAUGAAUGUCCCGCACCGGUUUUGA